AUGGAUGUUGAACGUUUAAUGCAAGAUUUAUCAAUUGAUCAGCUACAAAAUAUACAUUCGAAACUUUGCAUAGAAGUGGAAGAGAAAAAAGAAGAAAUGCGACAAAUGGUUGGUCGUCGUUAUCGUGAUGUAUUAGAUGCAUCCAGUUCAGUCCGUCAUGUUAUGCACAUUGCUAAUUCAUUAGUGGAAUGUGUUCAUACUGUUCGUGACACAAACACUGAUCUUUCAUUUAGCAACGAAUAUUCAUUAUCAAGUUCAAAACUUUGUCGAAUAUCAGCAUUAUCAAAGUUUUAUUUGCUGAUUGGUGAAAAUGAUCCGUUAUCAGAUGCAUUUAUAUUGUUGCUUACUGAAAUGCUUCAUCGUAAUUUAUCUACUGAUGUUAUUCAGUCAAAAAAAUUUUCACGUUUGAUUCAUCAUAUAUCACCGAAACUUAUACGAAUACGACUAAAGCUUGAAGAUGAAUUUAUCAGUGGUUUAGGCAGUUUAUCGACGACGAAUGAGACCUUAAAUCAAUUAGCAGCAAUUGCAAUUCUCAAAAAUUGUUCAAGCAAAGAUUUAUUGGAUAUUUUUAUUGAGCAAAAACUGAUAACUAUCAAGAGAGCAUUGAACAACUCGUUAUCAUUGAUUGAUUUGGUAUGGCAAGUUCGUCAAAUGUUCGAAUGUUUAAAAGAUAUUUUUGUUGAUGGUCAUUUAGCUAUGGUAUUACAAACAAUUUCCUCACCACUCUGGAUCCCGAAAGUAUUAGAAAAAAUGAUGCGUGAUGACGUACUUUAUUUUGGGAAGUGUAUCAAAGCAGAAAUCACUGAAACAAAUGAUCAUUGCAGGCGACUUACUCUGACUCCAAUUGAUGAGAAUUUUUUGUUUACGCAUUGCAAUUCGUUUUUGCAUACUAUUUGUUCUGCUUCUCAAAAUAUUGUCAAGUUGAAAUGUGAUGUUAUGGAGAGUACUUCUUCAUUGAUUGCUUUUAUCAAGGUUCUUCUGGAAGCUUUUGCUGAGAAAUGGCCAUUGGUUGGUGACAGUACAGCAGUAUAUCAGCGGUUUCUUGGAAAUAUGAUUAUUGAAAAAUUUCAGGAGUUAAUCAUCAAUGAAUUAUCAGUAUUGGAGCAAAAUCUUUUAAAUAAAAUUCCCAAUAUUUCUUGUCAUCCACCGGCUUUGUUCAAGAAACGCUCUCCUAAACUUGAUUCAUUGCUUGCUGCUGGUGUUUCACAAGAAUUGAUAAGUGUUAUCAAAGAAUUUAAUGAUGGUUUGCAUUCUUUAUUAAAUUUUAUCAACGAAUAUGAAAUGAUUGGUAAGGAGGAAACAGUAGGUCAGCUGCAUGAGCAAUUCUCUAUUGCUGUCUUAGAAAUGUUAAAGAGAUUGUGUACUGUGGCAGAAGAAUUUAAUAGUUCGGAUGACUAUUCAAAUGGUUCACAUUCUGAUCGUGCAUUAUGUAUGGCUAGAGUUUAUAUUGCAUUGAUGCAAUCUUGUAACUCAUCUAUUUCUCUUUCUAUGUCAAAAAAUAUGGAGCGUAUAAUAGAAUGUGCGAAAAUGUUAUAUGAAAGUGCUGAAAAAUCACUUUGUGCUUAUUUGGAUGUAAUCAUUGAAGAUUGUGCUAAAGAGAAAGAAAUACAGAAAUUAGCCGAAGUAUACGAUGAUCCAUUCAUUUUCAUAUCAUAUUUGCAGGAAUUUGAAAAAUUGGAAUUACCAGAAGUUGGUACAGUGGAAAUACCUGUACAAAUUAGUCGAAUUUUAUACUCUUUUCUAUAUAGCUUAUGUCAGAAGAUUUCCAAUGAUUCAGUUGGUUAUUUAUGUACAAGAAAUAUUCGAUCACAUAUUUCACAGCACCUUGAAAAGAUACUUUUUUCGGUGUAUUCUAUUGUUGCACAUUCUAGUGUAGAGCUAUCAUCUCGAAUUGUUCUACAAUAUCUUUUUGAUGUUCGUUUUUUGAAUGUUAUCCUGCCAAAUGGUGAUAUGCGUCCUCUAAUUCCACUUUUAGAAGCAAAAUUAGAUCCGUUUGAUUUAAGUCUUGUCUCUGGUCCACUUGGAAAGAAUGCUCGAGUGGUAGCGCAGCGUCAUUCGAUUAUUUUUGCACAUUUGCUUUCGGAUGUAAUAAUUAACAAAGAGCUUUCAUUGAGUGCAUCUUUCUCGGCUGUUGUUGAUAUUAUACCUCGACUUAAUGAUACACCACGUCUUACACAUAUUCCACGUUUGACAAAAAAUACGAAGCUCGAUGAUGUGCAAUCCUCAGCUAGUAUAGCUGUUGUAAGAAAAAAAGAAUCAAAAACUCAACAGCAACAGCAAUUAGGAAGUAUCAAAGCUACACCAUCAUUCUCAUCAUUUUAUAAAAUUUCUACAAGCUGGUUUGGGAACAAUCAAAACUAA